AUGUCAUCUCUAAACGAAUUAGCCGAAUUACGGGAGCAAAUUGUCCGUAUUAAGGAUGACGAGAACGUCCCCAUUGUCAUCGUGGGGAACAAAUCAGACUUGGAGGAGGAUCGCGCGGUACCUCGUGCUCGCGCAUUUUCUCUUUCUCAGAGCUGGGGCAGCGCCCCAUAUUACGAGACUUCGGCUCGUCGACGAGCCAACGUCAACGAGGUCUUUAUCGACCUCUGCCGGCAAAUCAUCCGAAAAGAUGCACAAGCGAGCUCAGAAGAUUAUGAUCUCGCCCCGCGUAAGCGUGAAAAUACCAGCCGGCAGGAGAGGAAGCGAGGGAAACGGCGAGAGCCCAAACGAAAGGGGCCUUGCGUGAUUCUCUAG